AUAUUCACCAAUUAUUGCCCAUUAUUUUAUACUCCACUACAUUUUACUAUACUAUACUAUACUAUAUUAUUUUAGAUUUUACUAUAUUAUUUUGGGUUGUAAUAUAUCAUAUAACUUUUCAUAAUGAAUGAUCCUAAAAAACUCAACAACUCGACAUCUUCAAUAAACUCACUAGUUUCAUCUCAAUUAUCCAUUAAUUCCUCUAAUUCCAAUAACACUGCUAACAAUGUUCAACUAAACCAAAUAACACCUAUUUACUCAAAUAUUGAAGUUCCAAUCUUAAACACUUCCACUAAAUCCUUACCAAUAUCAAAUAGCAACAACAACAACAGCAACGACAUUACAAGUCCUCUAACUGAUGAGCAAAAUUGGCAAAGAUUCUCUUCAAAAAGAAAAAAACUAUUUGUUUUUAUCGCUGCCAUCUCAUCUUUUCUAUCUCCAAUGUCCUCCAUCGCUACUCUUCCUGCAGUUUCCUUCAUCGCUUCAUCUUUCAAUACAACUGGCACAGUCAUCAACCUAUCAAAUGGUCUAUACUGUAUAAUGAUGGCUGUCUCUCCCUGCAUUUGGUCCCCAAUCAGCGAUUUAUACGGCAGAAGAUUUGUUUUUCUAAUUUGCAUCUUCUUCUAUUCAAUCUCCUCUAUUCUUGUAGCCGUUUCACAAAAUCUAACCACCUUCUUUGUCUUUAGAGCUACAACCGCUUUAUUUGGCACUGCUUUCUUCUCUGUAGGUGCUCAAAUUAUAGCUGAUGUUUAUCCCCCCACUCAAAGAGGCACAGGCAUGGGAUGGACUCUAUCUGGUUCUCAGGUUGGUCCUGCUAUUGGCCCAGUAAUAGGCGGUUUAAUCAUAACUUAUACCUCAUGGAGAGUGAUCUUUUAUAUGUUAACUGCCUUAGGUCUUAUUGUCUUUACACUAAGCUUUUUCUAUCUUGAAGAAACUUCAAGACAAACUAAAAUGCAAGAAUUGAUUCUGAAUCUAAAUUCCGAUCGAAAAUUCAUCUGGGUCUGGUUCAAUCCCUUUAGAAUUCUAUUUUCUCUCAAAUACCCGAACUUGCUAUUUGCAGGCUUAUCCUCAUCCACUCUCUCGUUUAGCAUGUACUGUUUACUCACUCCCAUCAGGUAUAUUGUGGAGCCCAUUUUCAACUUGCACACUCCUAUCUAUGGUGCGUUGUUCUACUUGGCUCCAGGGUUGGGCUAUUUUUUAGGUUCGUUUUAUGGCGGCAAAUAUGCCGAUUUCAUGUUGAAAUUGUACAUUAAAAAAAAGAACAAGAUGGUUCCCGAAGAUCGCUUGAGAUCGGUGAUUAUUCCAUUUGGACUAGUAAUGCCAUCCACGAUGAUAAUAUAUGGAUGGGCAUUGGAUUUUGAAAAGGGAGGAAUGGCGCUACCGAUCAUAAUGAUGUUUUUGAAUGGUUUUGCGCAAACGUGUAUAUUUCCCUCAAUUAACACGUACUGUGUCGAUUCCAUGUCAAAGUAUACAGGGGGAGAUGGAAUCGGUGGAAAUUAUUGCAUACGGUUUAUUUUCAGUGCAGUUGGAACGUCCAUAACGUUACCCAGUAUUAAUAAUAUCGGCGUUGGAUGGACGUGUACAAUGAGCGCCUUUGUUUUGUUGGUUGGAUUUUUAUUUAUUUAUCUUAACAUUCUAUUUGGUGAAAGAUUGAGAAUAAAGUAUUUGAAAGCGAACGGAUUCGAUGUUGUGGAUGAAUAA